GGGAGCACUGGGGAGGGGGGUGGUGACCACGUCGUCUCUGAGGGAACACCUGUGGACAUAAAUAGGCAGCCAGCGGAGGCAGGAGCACACAGCCAGCGACCAGCGCUGCACGCCGUGUCCACCUGUGUGCGCCAGGAUGCCCGACACCAUGCUGCCUGUCUGCUUCCUCGGCCUGCUGGCCUGCGCCUCCGCUUGCUACUUCCAGAACUGCCCAAGGGGCGGCAAGAGGGCCAUGUCCGACCUGGAGCUGCGACAGUGCCUCCCCUGCGGCCCCGCGGGCAAGGGCCGCUGCUUCGGGCCCAGCAUCUGCUGCGCCGACGAGCUGGGCUGCUUCGUGGGCACCGCCGAGGCGCUGCGCUGCCAGGAGGAGAACUUCCUGCCUUCGCCCUGCCAGUCGGGCCAGAAGCCGUGCGGGAGCGGGGGCCGCUGUGCCGCCGCCGGCGUCUGCUGCAACGACGAGAGCUGCGUGACCGACCCCGAGUGCCGCGAGGCCUUCCCCCGCCGCGCCCGCGCCAGCGACCGCAGCAACGCCACGCAGCUGGACGCGCCCGCCGGGGCUCUGCUGCUGCGGCUGGUGCAGCUGGCGGGGGCGCCUGAGCCCGCAGAGCCCGCCAAGCCCGGCGGCUACUGAGCCACCCACCCGCCCCGUGCCCACCCCUGCCGCGCGGACAAUAAACCUCUGAGAACGCA